AUGACAGAGGUGGUGGUGAAGAUCACCGAGACUCGACCAGUCGAACAAUCCAGAUCAAGGAAGCAGGGGAGGGCAUUGAAGCCCCCAAAAGUUACAUACCAACAGAAGCUCGGACUGCACAUCUCAUUUUCCUCUCCAAUUCAUAGAGAAAUGGAGACAAUCUCUGUGGAUAUUACCGUUGAAUACGCAGAGGUUCUUUCACUGGAACGAGCUUGGUCAAUGGUGACCAGGGUCAAUGACGUUCCAGUCGGCUGCCGUGUUCUAGAUCAAACAAAGGUUGACGGAGAGUGCCUGAUCUGGUGGUCCCCUUUGGUAGGCAUGAGUCCAAACUUUCUCUUCGACCAGGAUUACCAGUCAGCUGAGACAGAGUCUGACGCUAAUCAAUCGAUCGAUUCGUGUCCGCAUCCACCUGACCAGAAGAAUGCACAUGCCACGCCAGGAUCUAUACCUCCCGGUGCCAUCGAUACGUAA